AUGGGGUUUCCCUACUCUUUUGUGAAGUUGAAACUGUUGAGCAGUUUUGACAAUUGUAUUCAUUCUAACAUUGCUGUUGACCAAAUUGUUGAGAAAUACCAGUCCACUUGCACUCCUCAACCUCCGGUGUCCAAAUUUCCUCCUGUUACACCAUUUGCAGAUAAGGUUAAUUUUGCCGGGCAGGGGGAUACUUUUUUGCCACCAGAGUUGUGCUUGGAUUGCAUCCACGGCUACAAGUUAGGGCUAUGCCCUGAAGCAGCAAGUCAUUUGCAGGAAUUUAAGGAUAAUCUUAUUGCUAUCUCUAAUGAACUGAUUGACAAUGUUGAAAAUCUCAGUUCUGUGCAGAUAGCAAAGCUUCGCGAAGACAGGUCACAGCUGAAUAAGCAAAUUCAACAACUUGAAAAAUAUAUUCAUUCCAGUAAUCGUGACGAAGAGAGGCAAAAGUCACAUUUUGCUACAUCUAUGGCACCACCUACAUCUUUUGUUUAUGAAACACCCCAACGAAAUGUCAUCAGUAGUGGACCAAAUAGAUAUGACGGACAGGCUUAUAUGGGUAAUGGUACAUAUGAGCCAUCAUACCAGUCUUCGUAUGUCAUGCCAUCAGGUCCAGUGGAGAGGGAACCAUUCAUCCCAAAGAUUAUUGAAGUUAAUUACAUUGAAGGUUCUGGAGAUAAACGGUGGAGCAGCCGGGACUUUUCUUGGACUAAAGAGUUAGAGGUUAAUAAUAAGAGAGUAUUUGGAAACCACUCAUUUCGCCCCAACCAAAGAGAGGUAAUUAAUGCCACAAUGAGUGGAUGUGAUGUUUUUGUUUUGAUGCCCACCGGUGGAGGAAAAAGUCUGACCUAUCAGCUACCAGCUCUCAUUAAUCCUGGUAUAACAUUAGUGAUUUCUCCCCUUGUGUCCCUUAUUCAAGAUCAAAUAAUGCACCUAUUGCAGGCAAAUAUACCCGCUGCUUACUUAAGUGCCAAUAUGGAAUGGGCUGAACAGCAGGAUAUCCUUAGAGAACUCAAUUCUGCUUAUUGUAAAUACAAGUUGUUAUAUGUGACACCCGAAAAGGUUGCCAGAAGUGACGUUCUUCUGCGACACUUGGAGAGUUUACACGUUCGUGAGUUGCUUUCAAGGAUUGUAAUUGAUGAAGCUCACUGUGUGAGCCAAUGGGGGCAUGAUUUUAGACCAGAUUAUCAGGGACUUGGUGUAUUGAAACAGAAAUUCCCAAAUACUCCCGUUUUAGCUUUAACAGCUACAGCAACAGCUAGUGUAAAAGAAGAUGUUGUGCAAGCACUCGGUCUUGUUAACUGCAUUGUUUUUCGGCAAAGUUUUAAUCGCCCAAAUUUACGGUAUUCCGUUGUCCCCAAGACCAAAAAGUGUUUGGAGGAUAUUGAUAAAUUUAUCAGGGAAAAUCAUUUUGAUGAAUGUGGCAUCAUCUAUUGUCUUUCACGAAUGGACUGUGAAAAGGUUGCUGAAAAAUUACAGGAAUGCGGGCAUAAAUGUGCAUUUUAUCAUGGGAGCAUGGAUCCUGAUCAACGUGCUUUUGUUCAAAGGCAAUGGAGCAAAGAUGAGAUCAAUAUAAUUUGUGCUACCGUGGCAUUUGGAAUGGGGAUUAACAAACCUGAUGUCCGCUUUGUAAUCCAUCAUUCCCUCCCAAAAUCUAUUGAAGGCUAUCAUCAGGAAUGCGGACGAGCUGGUAGAGAUGGUCAGAGUUCCUCCUGUGUCUUGUAUUAUAGCUACAGUGACUAUAUCCGAGUUAAGCAUAUGUUAAGCCUAGGAGCAAUAGAGCAAAGCCCAAUGCCAUCUGGAUACAGUCGUUCAAAUGCGAUAAAUUCAGGAAGGAUACUGGAAACAAACACUGAAAACCUUUUGCGCAUGGUCAGUUAUUGUGAAAAUGAUGUGGACUGUCGGCGCUAUAUUCAGCUCGUUCAUUUUGGGGAGAAGUUUGAUUCUUCAACCUGUCAGAAAACAUGUGAUAAUUGUGUGAAGGUCACAAGUUUCGUUGAGAAGGAUGUCACCGAAAUUGCAAAACAAUUGGUUGAACUCGUUAAGCUAACGGGACAGAAGGUCUCAGCAUCUCAUAUAUUAGAGGUGUAUCGUGGUUCCUUAAGCCAGAUGGUCAAGAAACACCGACAUGAGACUGUGCGUCUUCACGGUGCUGGGAAGCAUCUAGCUAAGGGUGAGGCUUCCCGUAUAUUGCAACAUCUUGUUGUUGAGGAUUUUCUUGUGGAGGAAGUAAAGAAAAGUGAUUUUUAUGGAUCCGUAUCAUCUGUAUUGAAGGUAAAUGAGACAAAGGUCCGUAAUGUGUUAUUUGGUAGCCAAAGAAUUAUAUUGAGGUUUGUCCUUCCUAUCAAAUUCCCGUCUUUUGUGAAAGCAUCAAAGCCUGGGAAAUCUGAUAUAACUCCAGCCAAAGGUUCUCUGACUUCCGGAAAGCUGAAUCUUCCCAUUGACAUUCCUGACCAACCUCAAACUGAAGUAGACGUGAACCUAGCAGCUAAUUUGUACACUGCUCUGAGGAUGUUGCGGACAGCUCUUUGUAGAGAAGCUGGAGAGGGUGUUAUGGCUUACCACAUAUUUGGCAAUGCUACGUUGCAGCAGAUAAGCAAGAGACUACCAAGAACAAAAGAAGAACUUCUUGAUAUCAAUGGCAUUAGCAAGACUAAAGUAAGCAAGUAUGGGGAUCGGUUACUGGAAACAAUUGAGAAAACCAUAAACGAAUUUUACAAUACGGAUAAAAACAGCAGUGGCAGCAAAGGCAGUGCUGAUUCAGCCAAAAGAAGACGAGAGGCAAAUAGAGAUCCAGAUUCAAAUGCGGAGGAUGAUGAUGAUUCCUUAAUCAAAAGUACCGGUCGUUCCAAGAAAAGGACAGUAAGGAGACAAAUUAAAAAGGCUGAAAUAUAUGAUUCAGAAGAGAAAGAUUAUUACCAUGGAUGCCUUGAUGAGGACCUAGAUUGUAUUAAUAUUGAAGAUGAGGCAUUAGAUAAAAUAAAUGGUACAGAUGCUGCAGGAAGAGUACUACCUCGAUGGACAGCAUCUUGAUAUGGUGUAUGUUGAUUAUCUUAUUAUUGUAUAUGUCCCUUCAGGA